AGCCCGCCCGCCGCCAUUUGAACAGCGCGAUGGUGGCCGAGGAGCUGCGGAUGUCUGAGGAAUGGCGCUCCUACCUCGUCUGCACCCGCGCCGCCACCUUCCGCAACUGGCCCUUCGUGGAGGGCUGCGCCUGCACGCCCGAGCGGAUGGCGGCGGCAGGUUUCGUGCACUGCCCCAGCGAGAACGGCCCCGACGUGGUGCAGUGCUUCUUCUGCUUCAAGGAGCUGGAGGGCUGGGAGCCCGACGAUGACCCGCUCGAGGAGCACAAGAAGCACUCUCCGCGCUGCGCCUUCAUCUCCCUUCAGAAAGAUCUGUCUAAGCUGACGCUGCAGGAGUUCUUGAAGCUGGAUAGAGAGCGAGUGAAGAACGCAAUUAAAAAGGGCAUUUCUCGGAAGGUGAAUGACGUUCGUGAUGAAGCCAAGAUGGUGCGUCGGGCAAUAAUGAGUUUGGCUUCCUAAGCUCCUGUGGCUUCUCGCUCCCUAGUAACACCUGUCUGAUGUGUGCUCUGGCACUGCUGCUCCGAUCGAUGGCUGUUUCCUGGACUGCUUCUAGAAUGGCCAUCCCUGUCAGGAGCAGACUUGA